AGAUGGGUUUCGACGGCUUCUUCUUCGGGCGUCUGGACUAUCAGGACAAGCGGGCCCGGCUGCAGAACAAGGAGAUGGAGCUGCUGUGGAGAGCAAGCGCCAACCUGAAGCCUCCCGCAGGGGACCUCUUCACAGGCGUGCUCCCGAAUGGCUACAACCCCCCCGAUGGGUUCUGCUGGGACCAGUCCUGCUCAGACGCUCCCAUCAUGGACGACAAGACAAUGGAGGAUUACAAUGUGGACAAAAUCGUGCAGAGAUUCAUUGAGACAGCACACGCUCAGGCCUCUCACUACCGGACGAAUCACAUCAUCAUGACGAUGGGCUCAGACUUCCAGUAUGAGAACGCCAACCUGUGGUACAAGAACCUGGACAAGCUGAUCCACCACGUCAACCUGCAGACGAGCGAGACCAAUGUGCACGCGCUCUACUCCACUCCCUCCUGCUACCUGAACGGGCUCCACAACGCCAACAUCAGCUGGUCGAUGAAGUAUGAUGAUUUCUUCCCCUACGCAGAUAAUGCCCACAACUUCUGGACGGGGUAUUUCACCAGCCGCCCCGCCCUCAAACGAUACGAGCGAAUCAGCAACAACUUCCUGCAGGUCUGCACUCAGUUGGAGGUGCUGGGAGGCAAAGUGUCAAGGGAUGGACCCUACGGCAAAGCAGACAGCGAUACUCUCAAGAGGGCGAUGGCCGUGGCCCAGCAUCACGACGCGGUGUCGGGGACGGAGAAGCAGCACGUAGCGGACGACUAUGCAAGGAGACUGUCCCGGGGCUGGGACCAGUGCCAGAUUCUGGUGGCUAACGCCAUGUCAGCUCUGACUGGGAGUCGGGGGCCUGUCGUCUUCUGUGAGAAUCUCAACAUCAGCGUGUGCCCCACGUCAGAAUCCUCCCAGAAGUUCUCGGUGAUCCUGUAUAACCCGCUGGCUCGCAGGGUGAGCUGGCCAGUGCGCCUCCCAGUCAACGGCUCCCAGUUCAGUGUGACAGACUCGUCCGGGCAGCCUGUCGACAGUGAGGUGGUUCCUGUCUCGAAUGCCACGCGGGCACUGCGCCGGGACCGCGGGUACUCUGUCAACGAACUCGUCUUCCUCUCCUCCCUUCCUGAACUCGGAUUCACCACCUACACCGUGUCUAGAAUGGCGCAGAACAACCUUCGAGCCACCAGGGUGCAGCAGAGCAAGCGGGACAAGCCAAUGAGCAUCCAGAACGAGUUCUUCAGGGUGAACUUUGACCCUCAGACCGGCCUGCUGAGUGAGAUCCAGAGUCUGGAUAUGAAGAGAACCCUGCCAAUCAAACAGAACUUCUACUGGUAUAACGCCAGCAGAGGGAAUUACGAGAGCUCGCAGACCUCUGGAGCCUACAUCUUCAGACCCAACUCCUCUGAACCAAUCCCUGUGAGCAGCAGCGCCCAGACCUACACUGUGCAGAACGCGGUGGUGCAGGAGAUGUAUCAGAACUUCAGCUCCUGGUGCUCUCAGGUGGUGCGUCUCUACCGGGCCCAGAACAUCCUGGAGCUAGAGUGGACAGUGGGGCCCAUUCCCGUGGGGGAUGGUCUGGGGAAGGAGAUCAUCACUCGCUUCGACACUCCCUUGAAGACAGCCGGACUGUUCUACACUGACUCCAACGGGAGGGAGAUCCUGGAGAGGAGGAGGAACUUUCGCCCCACCUGGACUCUGAAGCAGACGGAGCCUGUAGCCGGGAACUACUACCCAGUGAACAGCCGCAUCUACAUCAAGGACUCGGACACUCAGCUCACCCUCCUGACUGAUCGCUCCAUGGGAGGCAGCAGCAUCCAGGACGGCUCUGUGGAGCUCAUGCUGCACCGGCGCCUCCUGCUGGAUGAUUUCCGGGGUGUGGGAGAGGCCCUCUCCGAGCCAGGAGAUUACUACGACGGGCUGGUGGUGCGCGGCCGCCUGCUCGUCUUUCUCUCGCCCCCCGAGUCUGCGGCAGAGCUGCACCGCCCCCAAGCACAGCAGGAGUGGCUGCAGCCCCAGAUCCUCCUGCAGCCAGGGGGCGCCAAGCAGGAGUUCUCUGCAGUGGUCAGCGCGCUCCCUGUCAAUGUUCAUCUCCUCACACUGUCUCAGUGGGACUCUGACACUGUGCUGCUGAGGCUGGAGCACCAGUUUGAGAAGAACGAGAGCAGCACCCACUCCCUGCCCGCCACUGUGGACCUGCAGAAAGUCUUCUCUCGGUUCAGCGUCAAAGGGCUGAGGGAGCUGACUCUGGGAGCCAAUCAGUGGAGAGACGAGAUGUCCAGACUGGCCUGGAGGAGCUCGGGAGGCUGGUCUCGUCUGGAGAGUUGGUCGGCUGACCCUGACGACCCCCCCACUCUGGUCACUCUGCAGCCCAUGGAGAUUCGCACCUUCCUGCUCAAGAUCCAGCUCCACUGAUCAAUAAUCAGGAAAGCGAGGGGGGAGAGCACAGCCCUGGCCAAAAGAUUUGCACCACUUACAAUUUUAGGAUCGAGACAUAAUUUAAAAAAAAAAAAAAAAAAAAAAAAAAAGUGUCGAGGUCCUGUUACUCAGCAGUUUCACUGGACUCUGUGAAGCAUGCUGAGGUCUCUCUAUAGGAGGAGGCGAUGCUUGUCCGAAGCUGCAGGUUAUUGUAACACACAGACACAUUCAGGGAAUGGGCAGCCUGGCAGAGCAGCCCUGCCCAGCUUCAAACAGGAGAUUUCAGUCCAACUGCAAACUGGAGCCUGUAUUCAUGAGAGCGAUUCUUUCCAGUGUUAAUUCAGGGUUCUGAGUGCGGGGUCUCUCUCUCUCUCUCUCUCUCUCUCUCUCUCUCUCUCUCUCUCUCUCUCUCUCUCUCUCUCUCUCUCUCUCUUAUGCAACCCUUUCUUUACCUGCCAAAAGUCCUCAAUGAGAUGCUGUUAUUCUCGGUGCAUUUAUUUUGUGUGUGAUUCAGUAUGUGGCCUUUUUUGAUCUGUAAGAAAACAAUAAACGAUGUUUGAAAUCCG